GAAACCAGGAAGUAAGGAGAAAUUAUUACAGGCCGUUCAUAGCUUAGGAUGUUAAAGGCAAUAGCCUUGGCUGGUUGGUUAUUCAUUAGCAAAAAGGAAAGAGCACUGGGGGUCAGGACUGGUCAAACUACAGAGACAGACCUGAAGCAGGGAACGAUCUCCUGGCAAAGGCAAGAUGUGGAGAUCUUAUCCGCAGCUAACAUUUUUCUCUUGUUAACUUUUUCUUGGGACAAAUGCAAGGUGACUCUUUUCUGUUCUCAGACUCUUGUCUAAAUAAAGCCUUCUUAAUUUUAUUUUUGUUGCGGGAUUCCUAAGCAGACAAGAAGAAAAGGCAUCUUGCCACUGGGCAGCUGCCCAGCUCCAACUCGGUUUUGUUCUGGGAUAGUAGCUACAACCACAAGGCAAGCUGGUGAGUCUCUGCAAGCAGCCAGGUCUGCUGGAUUGUUGUGAAGCAGGGCUUUGCACACUCUCCGAAGCCUAGUGAAUUGGUGCUGAUUUCACAGUUGCCUGCUGCAGGAAGAGAAAGUGGAUCUGCAGAGACAAAGGGGAGAGGGGCUUCUCCCCUCCUCUCCAUCAGGGCAGCAUGGGCAACAUCUGUCUGAGGCUCCGGGCAUACUUGGAGCCCUGUUUCCCCUGUUUAUUCCAGGAGGCAGACAAACUGGAUGUGAUUGAGAACCCAGGGGCCCACUGUUCCCCUGAGGCUCCCCAGCCUCAGUGUCAAGAGCCCAAGAGAAGCCAUGGCCACUACUUUGUGGCCCUGUUUGAUUACCAGGCUCGGACUACAGAGGAUCUGAGCUUCCGUGCAGGCGACAAGCUCCAAGUCCUGGACACUUCCCACGAGGGCUGGUGGUUUGCCAGGCACUUGGAGAAAAGGGGAGAUGGCACCCGUCAGCAGCUACAGGGCUAUAUUCCUUCUAACUAUGUGGCCGAGGACAGGAGCCUACAAGCAGAGCCGUGGUUCUUUGGAGCAAUCAAGAGAGCAGAUGCAGAAAAACAACUAUCAUAUUCAGAAAAUCAGACUGGUGCCUUCCUAAUCAGAGAAAGCGAAAGCCAGAAAGGAGAAUUUUCCCUUUCAGUUUUAGACGAAACAGUUGUGAAACACUACAGAAUCAGAAGACUGGAUGAAGGGGGCUUUUUCCUUACUCGGAGAAAAACCUUUUCAACACUGAAUGAAUUUGUGAGCCACUACACCACGACGAGUGAUGGCCUGUGUGUCAAACUGGGAAAACCAUGCUUAAAGAUACAAGUUCCAGCUCCUUUUGAUUUGUCGUAUAAAACUGUGGACCAGUGGGAGAUAGACCGAAACUCUGUACAGCUUUUGAAGCGAUUAGGAUCCGGUCAGUUUGGAGAAGUGUGGGAAGGCCUAUGGAACAAUACCACCCCAGUAGCAGUAAAAACGUUAAAACCAGGUUCAAUGGAUCCAAAUGACUUCCUGAGGGAGGCACAGAUAAUGAAGAACCUAAGACAUCCGAAACUCAUCCAGCUUUAUGCUGUUUGCACUUUAGAAGAUCCAAUUUAUAUUAUUACAGAGUUGAUGAGACAUGGAAGUCUUCAAGAAUAUCUCCAAAAUGAUGCUGGAUCAAAAAUUCAUCUGACUCAGCAGGUAGACAUGGCGGCACAGGUUGCCUCUGGAAUGGCCUAUCUGGAGUCCCAGAACUAUAUACAUAGAGAUCUGGCUGCCAGAAAUGUCCUUGUUGGUGAACAUAGUAUCUACAAAGUGGCAGAUUUUGGACUUGCAAGAGUUUUUAAGGUAGAUAAUGAAGACAUCUAUGAAUCUAAACAUGAAAUAAAGCUGCCAGUGAAGUGGACUGCGCCUGAGGCUAUUCGUGCUAAUAAAUUUAGCAUUAAGUCCGAUGUGUGGUCAUUUGGAAUCCUUCUUUAUGAAAUCAUUACUUACGGCAAAAUGCCUUAUAGUGGUAUGACAGGUGCUCAGGUAAUCCAGAUGUUGGGUCAAAACUAUAGACUCCCUCAACCAUCUAAUUGUCCACUGCAAUUCUACAACAUCAUGCUGGAGUGCUGGAAUGCAGAACCUAAGGAAAGGCCAACAUUUGAGACACUGCACUGGAAACUUGAGGACUACUUUGAAACAGAUCCUUCGUAUUCAGAUUCAAAUAACUUCGUAAGAUGAACAGUGAAAAAGAGCAUCAAAUAAUGAAGUAGAAAUGAAAUUCAGUGAUCAGUCCAGAAAUACAAUCUUAUCAACCAACUGCAAAAUGAGUUUAUCUUGACAUAUUCAAGCAAUAGGGUCAAUUUGGCCAUGCAUUUAAAAAAAUAAUAUGUACAUUUUACUCACUGAGUAACACUGCAGGACAAUUUGAGAUGGUCUAUUAUUUUCUCACUGCCUGGCAAAAUCAAAUCCACUAAACAAAGUUAUUUUGCUUUUUAAAAGAUACUUACAUUUCUAUUUAUUGUUUGAAAUGCCGAUCAAGAGGAUCAACAAAUGAUAGUCAAUUUUUACUCAGUAAAUGUUGUAGCAUUUUCCUGUUUACUGAUUAAAGUGGUUAUUCAUUAUUCCUCGGAUUGCUGAAUCCCAUCAGGCUGUUAUUAUGAAGGAAUUUGAUUGCUUUGCUGCACAGCAGGACCUGUGCUUUGAGAUUUUUUUUCUCUUUUAAAAUAUCCUGCAACUACAAUGAUGGCAAAGCCAUGUUAAAUGACUUGAUUGUACUUGGAGUAAUUGCACAUAGUUUUUUCCUAUGCAUAAAAAAAUGAAGCAGCUGUUGAGAAAAAGAAUUAAAAUUUCUCUCAUUUUGUGGAAGGAAAUGAUGGAAUUUUUCUAUACCUCAGUAUGUGUCAUCUGAGAAUCAUCUACAUUAGUUUUAAUCUCUUAAUGUUAAGAAUCAAAUUGCAAAGCUGAUGAGUUAUUAUCUAUGGAAAUUUGCAAGAAACAUCUAAUAGCCUGCAGGAUCUGGGAAGUAUCAAAAUAGUUUUGGGAAAAUAAGAAGAGAGCAGAAGUAUUACUAUGGUCCACGAUUUCUGAAUAAUUAAAAAUAAACAUACCUUUGGCAUAUAGGCCAGAGUUUAAAAUUGACUACAAGACAGAUCAAGCUCUGUUUCAGAUCUUGAGGCUAGAAAUAAUGUCUGACCUUGGUUAUGAAACUGUAUUUUUUGUCUGGUAGUACAAGAGAAUUUUCUGAUGUAAAGCAACAUGAAUGGAACAAGCCCCGGGAAAACAUAAUAUUUUGAGUAUAUUCUGUCAUCUCUUUUUAAGAGAGAGAAGAACAUAUCUAAACAAUUUCCAAAACCCCAAUUCAAAGUGGAUUAAACACUAAAUAAAUUUGUAAAUUCUCUAACCGGAAGACAAGAGAAAGUGUCAUCAGUAGUUCAAUGAUUUCAACUAAGACCCUAGUCCUUUCUGACUUCUCUCUGCCACCAGCAUUGUCCUUAUUCUCAUGGUCACAGAGCCAGCAGCAACUGGGACUUCCUGUUCUCUUUUCUUCAUCUGGUAAGAGAAAUUAGGAAAUCACUCUCUUUGCAUUUUCGUCUUGCAUAAAAAUUCUUUUUCAGUUCAGAUAAAUUGUGGUCAUAUGCCCAGCCCUCUACCAAUAAUAGACUUAAUGUGAAUGUUAUGUGCUCAUUGGCUUAGAAUAAAUUCUGCCACUGAAGCUGAAAAUGUCAUCUUUUCAGGAGACAGGUUGGGAGGUUGGAUUAUCUAAAUAAAAUGGGAGAUUAGAUGCUGGAUAGGUGUCGACUAAGAAGAAAAUCCUUUGAGAUGAGGUAGCUGUACUAUAUGUAUAGUAAGUAGACGUGUGCACAUUCACUCAAACUUUACUGAAACUAAAAUGGGUCACAGGGAGCUAACGAUUAUUGAGCCCCUUGAUUCCUUCAUGAGCAGAAAAUAUUUGUAAGAUAAGGUAAAUACCAAUCUUUUUAAUCAGUUGACUAUAUAGGACAAAUUCAAUUAUUUAAAGUCAUUGAGUCUAAUUGUGAAAAUUCAACUACUAUGUACAUUAUUUUUUUGUAGCAGCUAAUAAUAAUAUUUUUUAGUAAGAUCUGACUUUUGAAAUGUAUAAAGAUGAUCCUUUUUUGUUUUAAUACCACCUGAAACUUGUUUUACUUUCUGCAUUUGAUUCUUGGAGAUGUUUAUGUUCAAGGUUCUGUCAAAGCAAUCUAUUAUUCUUGUUUUUUACCUGAUGGAUCAUGGAGAAAAAUAAUGGAUUCAGUUAUGAGAAGCAGUAAUAGUUUUUUUUAAACUGACAUAAAUUUCUUUCCCUGUAUAGAAUAAAAGGAUCAGGAAAAAAAUAAGUCGAAUUUUACUACAAUGAGCCAGUUCUUAUUAAAUUUACCACCCAUAAAUUGUAGCAAAGCACUUUCUAUGUAAUGUUUUAUUUAUGUAAUUCAGUUAUUUGGAGGUAGUGGUAAGUCUUGUGAGUACAUGAUUUCAUGUGGUAUUUCAAGUCUCUUUUGACAAAAACCUAAGAAUUUUUGUAAUAGGAAAAAUUCAAAAUUCCAUUAAGCCUCUUUUUAGAAUGUUAGGAAGGAAAUAGGUUUACAUUACCUGAGGUCCAAAGAGGCACAGAGUAGACUCCUAAUAGUUGUGGAACCUGAAUAUUGUGUCAUCAAAAACAAAGGUAAAGUCAACAACAGCAGCAGCAGCAGCAGCAACAACAACAACAACAACAAAACAAAGGUAAAGUCAAAGUGACCAGAAAUCUACAAACUGUGCUGUAGACAUGGGGACUCUUAAAGGACAUCAAAAAACACACCGUGGGGAAAUAUCAGGCUGGCCCAUUCAUAACAUCUACUUACAACAUGUUCUGCAUGCUGACUUCAUGGAUUGACUGAUGCAUGAGGGGCCCGAACUCUUGAUUCUCUGAUGGCCCAAGGGAGCCAUUACCCUUGGAAGGAUGCGGUACUGUCACCCAGCUGGAGCUUCCUGGAGAAAACAGGGCCCAGAUGGUGAUCCAUAACUUUGCCAAGCAUAUGCCCUACAUGCAAUAAUGCUUUUCAUGGUCUAAUUAAGCAUAUGGUUUCUGCACCAAACAGCUUGUUGGAAAAAUAUGUCCAUGGUGCCUUUUCAGGACUCUUUGCAUAUGGAUACAUGAUGUGAACUAGAAUGGUGGUAAUUUGAGUGCUUUUAAAAAAUUGUGUUAUUAUGUUUUUCCAUAGAGAAAAGCUACUCAAAAAACAAAACAAAACAAAAACGUAGAUGGGGUUCAUACACAUGAUAUUGGAAUUGCCUGUGCACUCAUCUGGAUAGGUUUGGUUUUUGUAUUUACUUGCAUAAUUACAGAGAAGCUUUGGUCUAUAAUCUUCAACAUGGUCCAAAAAUUCAGUGUUGUAGCUUUAAAAAAAAUGGAGUGAAGUUUGGUGGAGAAUACUUACAAAUCUUUUAAAUCCACGACCCCAACAAUAUUUUAAUUUUCGCAGUGUCAUCCUUUCACUGCCUAUGUUGCUGCAUUAAAGUCCUUUUGUUUUUAUAGUAAGGAAGUGAUAGUAAAUCUCUUAAAUUAUUUAUUACAUUUAGAAAUAAACUGGAGAAUAAAUGUAGUACUCAAACCCUGAAUUUCAGAACCUUUAACAAGUUUAGCUUUGAUCUGCCCUAGGAUGGCAUUAUCUAUGUAGGAGCUGUAAGAUUAGAUUAUAAGGAAAGAGACACUCAGUUAUUUCCAGUUACUCUUUUUGCCUGGAUUUAUCCAUUGGUCAUCUAAAACAACAGACUUAUAUGUAACAUCUUUUUUAUCCUCAUGGAAAAUAAUCUACUCAUCCAGAAAAGGGUAGCAAACCUUAAACCUGCCUUAUGUAUCUAGUUAUGUGUAUUGUGCAGGGGACUCAAGUCAUAUAACAUAAUAACCAUGACAUCAUAUGUUAGGGGAAAAUGGUUAAAUACAGCUAAAAUUGCUUAGUUUGGAAGAAGCUAAACAUAGUCUAGUAGUAAUUAUCUGAAAUUUUAGAAUAGAGGCUUUGAUUGUAGUAUUUGUGAAAGAUAAAGUUGCUUGUUAUUAACUUAAUUAUGUUUAAUUUUUAUGGUCCACACAAUUUCAGGGUAAAAGAUUUCAGAGCUUUUAAUAAUUUUUUAAAAAAUCUACAUUUAAUUAUAAAUCCGGAAAGUGGGAAACAAAGCUAGUUAGCCAGAUCAGUAUACUUUAAAGGUACCAUUUUGAGAUUUUUGUCUCUAAAAAUCAUGUAUUUCUAUAUUGUGCCCUUUAAUAAUUUUGUGUAUAUAUUGUACAAUUACAUGUGAAUAUAUUAUACAUGAUCAGUUUAUAUAUGUAACAAAAGCAUAAAAAAAUA